UUUACUUUUCUUUUCGCAGUAACAACACAACGCGACCCCUGACUCUGUUUCUCUUGGUUGUGUUUCUCGCGUUUCACAGACCCCACCGGCGGCUUCUUCCAGCAUCAACAGCGUCGCAGCCAAUCUGCGUAGAAAUCCCGGCCGCUCAGUCAACCCGCUUUGUGAGCGUCUGCUUUUAUCCUUCAUUGUCCUGCACCACGAUGAACAACCCCAACUACCUGGCGUACCCCGGGGUCCUCGCCGCCCCCGGCCAGUACCGCUCGCUCAGUGAGAGAUGGGACACCAAGUACUACGAAGCGCACAGAGACUCAGUCAGGAAAGCCAAACCCAUGAUUGACACCCAGCCGCCAAGGAAGUACAUCCACUCCCAAGUGGAUCUGAAGAAGUUGCAGAGGGAACACGAAAAGUCAGCUCAGAUUGAGCGAGAGAACCGAAUACUGCAGAACAAACUGGACACCACCAAGUAUUCAGUGGACAACUGGAACAAUUACAGACCCCGCAGUCUGAACUAUCGGAAGAGGGUCAAAGAGCUGGAGAAAAUCAUCCAUGAGAACGAGGCCAUGAUGAAGCGCGUCGAGGCCCAGAGGACCUGCUACAACCGGGACAAGUUUGAGAAGGGCUUUCGGGUGACAAGAGAACACAUUGCGCGCAUCACUAAACACCCCGGCCUGACCAUUCAUCAGUAUGAGGUGCCAAUCACCUCUCCCAAGUUCCCGUCUGUCUACGCCUCGUGCUGCCAGCAGUGUGCCUACUUGCACCAGUGACGGCCACAGCUGCUCUUCUGAGCCAAUCAGCACAAAUGUCUUGGACAUGAUGGAUAAGAAGAGGUGGCACCUCAUGGCCCAUCCGCUCACGAGGCCUUAGCGCCAGCAGUCGGCCCGAGAACAAACCAGGCGGGCUCAGCCAGAGUCGGCAUCAGGCCUGGCGUUUUGUGUUCUUCUGCUCCAGAAGUAGGCGGAGGGCCACACCAGACACGUGCUUUGUAAUGGACAGAAGGUAAGAAGCACAGGGCGGUCCAAGGCCACGGCCCACCUUGGGGAUGUCCUUCCUGUGCCAUCCCAGCCUGCCAAGUGACCAGCGCACCAUCAAGUGUCAGUUGGAAUGCCCAUCAGUUUCAUCCAUCGGCCGCCCGAACUUUUGUCAUGACAGUUGGAGGAAACGGUGACACACACGCGUGUGAAGUGCUCACGGGUUUAAGUGAGGGCCUACAAUAAAAACUCGUCACACAUUCUCGUGUCUCCUGCUCAG